AUGUGCUAUUGCAAACGCCUUAUAGAAUUGUCAGAGCUCCCAUCAGGCAUAGCUGUUCUUAAAGCAAACAAUUGUAGCUCACUUGAAACAUUUGGAGAUAUUUCAAACUGUAAAUGGCUGUGGAAAGUCUCGUUUCGUGGGGCCAACAAAGUAGGUGAUCCACCUGAUGGUACAUUGCUAGACUCCAUGCUCAAGGUUUGGCUCUACGAGGGAAAUGCUUUUAAUGAUUACCGUAUCAGUGUCACUCUUCAACAUCAUAUUCCAAAGGGGAUUGUUGGUAGGCUCUUACGAGGGAACGCAUUUACACUGCGUCAUCUUCCAUGUAAUUGGUACAAUGAGUUUUGUGGGAUCUUAAUUCACGUUGUUACCUUCAAAGUAUUUCUAGAAAUUCAUAUAAUUAUCAAGCAGGAGGUCGAUGAAGUUUCUCGAUUUGAACUUCAACGGGAAUCUAGUGAAGAACUGGAGUCUGAAUAUGAUGGAACAAAGACAUAUGUGGGAUAUGUUUCCUUUAAUUCAUUGAGGGGCACUGCAUUCUUGAAUUCAACAUACAAUGUGAUUUUGAUUUCUCUACGCCAGCAUGGCUUUCCUUUUGGAGCUGCAGAUAGAAUAGGAGCUGCACUCGUUCCUAAAAAUGAUCAGGUGCAAACAACAAAACUCGAGACAGAUUGCUCAGAAUUUUGGGAUGAAGAUCAUUUUAGACCCACAUUUACGAUCAAACAAGAUUCAAAGUCAUGUAUUAAUAUUUUAUGGCGACCUAAUCAUUAG